AUGGACUUGCCCAAUAUGGCUUCCAUACCCAUGAACAUCGAUGACCUCCCCAGCGAGAUCCUCAUGCAAAUCCUCAGUCCCAUGACAACCAUCCAGCUCCUUCCGCUUGCCCGUGUGAACCGCCGCUUCCAUGACCUGGCAAUCCGCCUGAUCCACACCCGCCUGACGAACGCAGCCUUCCUGCCUGAGCAUGAGCUGAUCCUCGAGUGCUCCCACCCCUCCGCAAAGAUCUCCACACCCUACCUGCAAUGUAAUUACCUCGGCACAGACGGCCUCAGCGGCUACGAGGAGGAACACCAGAUGAGCUUCGGCCAGUUUGGUCAACUUUACUCGCGCUUCAGGCCCGUCUUGCAAGAGGAGAACCGCAGGUCAAGGUCGAGACAUCCGAGCGUGAGUGGUGGUGGCGUCGAGGGUGAUGACACUGCAACGGUGAGGGUGGACCUGGACGAUUGCGAGAUGUUCAGCCAGCUGUGCACAGUCACAAAUAUGGUCAAGACGUCGUCCAGGAAAGGCUUGUUCCUUUCUCACGUCAACAUCAACGAGGGCGUGGUGCGCGUUUUCAGGCGGUGGUUGCGGCAGUGCCACAAGGGCGAGCUGAAGGAGCAGGACCAGAUCCUGUGGACCGACCGCAAAAAGAACGUCGGGCUGCGCUUCAAGGUUCGCGAGAACGUUGGCGCGAGAGCCGGCCCGGCAGACGAGGACGAGGAUCUCCCUGUGUCAUACGAAUUGGAAUACCAGGAGAUUUUGGUCCGCACGGGCCAGCUGCUUCUCAAGGUUGAGAAGGCAGAGGACCAGGAAGUCCACAAUACAGCUCAAGGAGACCGACGUCGACGACACCACAAGGAUGAUGCCGCCUUCGGGCCUAUGGACCUGGUCCAGAGCCACAAGAACGAAGUGGACACAACAUUGAAUCUUAUCUGA